AUGUCGAUUUUGCUGGUGACAAUGAUGUGUUUAGUUGAGGCGGAGCAACGUGAGUUGCGGUUGCUGGGACUCUUACCUAUGUCUGGGAACGGUUCGACUACUGGAAGAUCAUGCCUCCCAGCUGUACAGAUGGCGAUAAACGAUAUUAAUGCACGGGAAGAUAUACUUGUAGAUUAUCAUCUGACGUAUAAAUGGACUGAUAGCAAAGUGCUGUACGGUACCGUACGUAACGGAACGGAAGAUAGCCACACCGUGUACGAUUUAUGGGGAAAAGUUGUAAAGUGUAACUUCGGGACUCCAGUAAAACGAAUGUUUGAAGCAUUUUGUAAUGAUCCACCUUAUGUCAUGUUGCUAGGAGACGGAUGCUCGUUCGGAUCAGAAGCUACUGCUCAGGUUUCACAUCUCUGGAACCUUACCCAGUUUUCCUAUAGUUCGCCGUCGCCAAUCCUGUCGGACAGAAACCGGUUCCCUUACUUUUUUCGAAUAGGAACCCCAGACCAGAAGAUGAAUCUUGCAAGAAUAGCGUUGAUGAGAGAAUUUGACUGGAAGAAAGUGGCAACAAUACACCAAGCGUUAGAAUUCUUCUCCGUGGUCAUUGAUGACUUUGUUCAGCAAAUACAGCAUACAGACAUUACAAUUCUGUCCCAAGAAAUAUUCAUCAACGACCCUCAAAACAGAAUUCAUAACUUAAAGGCAUUCAAGGUCGGUCUCUAUGGUCCAAAGAUAGUCUGGGUUUUUGCCGGAUGGUAUUCCACUAAUUUCUGGCGCGAGAAUCUGGACGAAGUAGAUUGUACCAGAGAGGAGAUGGAAGAAGCAGGAGAGGGCGCAUUCUUUACUGGACCAAUAUUCAAAAACCCAAUAGAAGAGAAAGGAGUAGCAGAUCUUACAGCUAAGGAAUUUGAAGAGCGGUAUUAUAGCCAUCCCACAUACAAUCCGAUAUACAAAGACACUGACAUUGUGGCCCAUCAGUGCUAUGAUCAUAUUUGGAUAGCGGCCCUCGCUUUAAACUGUUCCGAUGCGAGACUUAAACAAAUAGAAUAUCCAAAAACGCUUGAUAUGUUUACAUACCAGGAUUCCGAUAUCAACGAUAUUAUUUUCGACUGUAUGUCAAGGACAAACAUAACAGGCGUGUCAGGAAGAAUUGUCCUCUCGACAGAAGUUGAUCCUAAUAGAAUUUUGAAAAUAGAGCGUAUACAAGAUUAUUAG